GCAAUUUAUCAUGAUAUCCAUUCCCAUGUUCUGUAGACAAAGUACGUAUCGAAGUAGCAUCUAGCUCAGUAUUAAAUCCAAAGAGUUCCAUCCAGGCGCAUCGGCUUCGGGAAGCGCAGCACACCAGCGCACUCGAACGCAGGAAAAGAAUCCUCACUAACCCCUUCCUGAACACCGAAACGGUCGUUUCCCAGUCAUGGGUUAUCCCGGCUUCAUCUUAGUAACGGAGUGUGCAUUCCAGGCUCCGCAAAGUCGGAUGCGAUUCCCCAUAAUCGGGCCCGUCGAUCAAUCAAAAAUCUUCCACCGGGUAUGCAGGACACUGUUGAGAGAAGCAAAGCAGACCGGACCGGAUUCCUAGAAGAAUCCAUUCAGCUGGUCGAGGCGCCACAUGAUUGAUGCGCAGAAAAAAUACUUGGAGGAUGAAAUGAACGCUGCGGCUGAGAUAUUUUAACGCCAGGAAGGCGCACAGUGGGGUGUGCAAGCGUGGGUGAUGGGGUAGGCUGAAC